CGGAAAAGGCGGAGCCAUAUGGGGUCGAACUUGAUGCUCUCAUCAUGGCGGGAUGGAUGAACGGGAGGAAGUAUUUAUAUUUGGAAAGUGUUAAAUUAAUGUUUUUCUUUAUCUUGCUUUUAUAUUUACCGCAUAAGUCUUGUCAAUAUACGGGUAACACACCUCAGGUAACCGUUCUGCAGGAUGGACAGGAGUAUGUCAAAACAGGAUCCAAUUACUUCUGCUACCACAACUCCAUAGUGCCCACCUGGAAGCACACCUGGACAAGAAUACAGGUCCGAGUGUGGAGCUCAAAACUGUUUAAAGUUGAAACUGUAAGAGAUGAACAGAAGCUGCAGGAGCUGGAGCAGUUCAGUGUGCUUGGUUUCCUCUUGAGCUUCAUACAUGAGCGGUACAAUGAAACCACAAUUAACAUCAGUCUGUACAGCAAGAAGACCUGCUUCAAGAUCGACCCCGCUGAUGAGACCACUGAGUACACUGUUAAGGCCCUUCGCAAGUUUGACAUUUACCUGUUUUUAGUAUUCCUCAUGGGGGCACUGUUGUUUGUCUUUGCAAACUCACUCAGCAGGAGUCAAAUUUUCUACUACUCAGCUGGCAUGAGUACAGGAAUAAUCGCUUCUCUCAUCAUCCUCAUUUUUGUUCUGGCACGCUUUUUGCCAAAGAAUAACUCCUUUUAUAUGCUGGUUGUUGGUGGUUGGUCAUUCUCGCUGUACACCAUCCAGCUUGUCUACAAGAACCUGGCAUUAAUUCUCACAGAACACUGGAAGCUGGCAUUUGGUUACGUAGCAGUGGUGGGCUUCAUCAGCUUUGCUGCGUGUUAUCGUUACGGUCCUCUGGUGGAUGAGAAGAGUAUUGACAUUCUGUCGUGGACACUGCAGCUGUUUGGCCUGUUGCUGAUUUAUUCUGGAAUUCAGAUUCAGCAAGUUGCCUUAGCUAUCAUCGUAGCAGCUUUUGUCUCCAAAAAUCUGGAGUACCCAGUCCACUUUGUGCUGGCUGCAUGGAGGAAAGUCAGAACAUAUAUUCACUGGAAGCCAGAGCCACGUCGCCUGUUGACUGAGGAGGAGUAUCAGAUACAAGGAGAGGUAGAGACUCAGCGAGCACUGGAAGAGUUGAGGAAGUUCUGUAACUCCCCAGAGUUCAGUCCAUGGAAGGCCGUGUCAAGGCUUCAGUCUCCAAAAAGGUUUGCUGAUUUUGUUGAAGGGUCACCACACUUGUUGCCAAAUGAGGUGUCAGAUCAUGCACAGGAAUAUGGAAUCGGAGGCUCAUUUUUUGAAGAUGAACUCUUUGAUACAGAAGAUGAGGAUGGGGAUGGGGAUGUGAAGCCAGACGGCAGUUACACAGCGAUGAUGUGUAAUAAUUGACGAGACUUCUAUUUUGCCUUUGAGAAUGGUAACUGGAGAACUACUCAAACUCUCCAUGGUUUCUGUACAAAUGCUUCAGACUGACUUGGAUUGAUGACUGUGAAGGCUCAAAGAAGCCGAUCUGUGAUUUAGUCACGAUUGCUGUGUCACUCAGUUAAACACUGACAACUGCAGGAUGGAAGGUGGGAUCAGAUUUUGUUUUUUUAAUACGAACAUUCAAGUGGAACUGUGUAUAAUUUAAAAUGUGCAUUUAUAUGGGACCUUGGCAGAGGUGAAGCAACAAAUAAAGGUCAAUUUUAAGAUUCUUGAUGUAACUAAUUAAAAAUGGUAUGUAGGGAUUUCUAUUUUGCUGACUUGCGUCGUAUCUCAAAAGGUUUUAAUUUUCUACGUAAAUUUUAGAUGACAAACGGCUGUCUGCACAUUACAAUCCAAUUCAUUAUUGCAAAUUUUUAAUAAAGUUACAAGGACAAACCAGCUUUUUUUUUUAAAGAACAUGCUUGUGUUAAGUAUUUGUUUCUACUGUUUUCAACAUCAGUUGCCAUAAAACUAUUUGAAUAAAAAUAUAUGAGCUCAGA